CAUUCGUGCGUACAGAACUGAGGGGUUACCUCGCCGGGUGGGAGGAAACGUGCUCUUCGGCUAAUUUUUUUUUUUUGCAGGCGUUUCACGGUUUUAUUAGCGGCCCAGUUGCUAGAGGAACGUUUUAUAUAAGCGGUAUUUAUUAUAAGCGCGUCGCGUCGGGUACUUAACGGCGCUGUGUGUGCUUGUGUGUGUGUGUGUGUGCGCGCGCGCGCGAGAGAGCGAGACCGUGUUAACGCCGAGCUUUAGGAGCUGUCACCUGGCUGCAGCAGCUGACUUGUGUCUUGCGGAGAGUGGAGUUGCCAGGCAUUUGUCGAAAGAAAACAGGCGGCCGCUAGUUAGCAAGCCAGGCCAGCCACUUAGCCUGCCAGCUAGCAAACCGCUUCCCUUGCAGCGAGCAGCAAGUCCCACCCUCACCAACUAAGUGCGUGGACGUUGUGAGGCUGCAGCGGCGAAGUAUUCCCCCCCCUCCUCCUCCUCCUCCUCCUCCUUCUCCUCCUCUCAACUUAGCCAGCAUCCCCUGUACAGCUGGCUGUCAAGGGAGAAUACCCACUCAAAGGGUUAGCAAAGGAUAGGCGAAGCUAAGUCCAGAAAUUGUUAGCUUUGCGCUCGACAGGGGGGUGUCUUCUGUGAAAGGGAUACGGCGGCUACACUGGAAAGGAGGCUGGCUAAAAAGAAGAGGCGAAAUAAGCGAGAACAAGGAAGACGCCGAGGAGGGGACUGGCUUGUUGAGCCGGGGAGACAGAACCGCAACAUAGAUAAGAAACGCUGCCACCAAGACGCACACAGCCAUGAGUAUUGAGAUACCGGUGGGGUUGACAGAACUGCUGCAGGGCUACACUGUGGAGGUGCUGCGACAGAGGCCGUCAGACCUGGUGGAUUUUGCUGUACAGUACUUCACCCGCUUGCGAGACUCCAGAGGUCAGGAUGGAUCCAGCAUCGGUGGCAAGACGGCGAAGGGAGUGAUGUUCGAUGGGGAGCCGAUGCAAACGGAGUCCAACGGGGAUGACGAUGAAGACGACGAUUCCGACUUUGAGCCUCCACCGCCCAGCAGAUUCAACAGGAGAGUGUCAGUGUGCGCGGAGGCGUUCAACCCAGACGACGAUGACGAGGACACCGAGCCCAGAGUGGUUCACCCAAAAACAGACGAACAGCGCUGCAGACUGCAAGAAGCCUGCCGAGACAUCCUACUCUUCAAAACACUAGAUCAGGAGCAGUUCUCAGAGGUGUUGGACGCCAUGUUUGAGUUGAGGGUUGAUCCUCAGGAGCACGUCAUUGACCAGGGAGACGACGGAGACAACUUCUAUGUCAUAGAGAGGGGUGUGUACGACAUCGUGGUAAAAGGAACAUGUGUGGGCCAGUAUGACAACAAGGGCAGCUUUGGGGAGCUGGCGCUCAUGUACAACACACCACGUGCCGCCACCAUUGUAGCCACCCAAGAGGGGGCGCUAUGGGGACUGGACCGUGCCACUUUCCGAAGACUCAUUGUAAAGAACAACGCCAAGAAGAGGAGGAUGUACGAGUGUUUCAUCGAGUCUGUGCCCUUACUCAAAUCACUGGAGGUUUCAGAAAGGAUGAAGAUAGUGGACGUAUUAGGAGCGAAGCAGUUCUCAGACGGGGAGCGCAUCAUCACACAGGGAGACAAGGCUGACUGCUUCUACAUCGUAGAGUCUGGAGAGGUCAAGAUCAUGAUGAAGAGUAAAACGAAGGCCGACCACGCAGACAAUGCGGAGGUGGAGCUAACGCGCUGUAGCAGGGGUCAUUACUUUGGGGAGCUGGCCUUGGUCACUAACAAGCCCCGGGCUGCCUCAGCCUACGCAGUGGGAGAUGUCAAGUGUUUGGUAAUAGACAUACAGGCGUUCGAGCGCCUCCUGGGCUCUUGUAAGGAGAUCAUGAAGAGGAACAUCGCCCACUACGAGGAGCAGCUGGUGGCGCUGUUCGGCUCCAGCAUGGACCUGAGAGACUGAGCCUCCCACACCACCCUCCGUGCCUUCUAUUACACACACCAACACCAACGCACACACAAUAACACAGACACACACACACACGGACACACACACUCCCGCAUCAUGCAGCGGCUAGACAGACUCGUACGUUGUACACAGACGGUGCGAAAACACGAGAACGUGCCCUCGGCUCACCCGCAGGUACAGAAAUCCUCAAAGAUCAUGAACACACUGGCCCCCCCCCCUCGACACACACACACACACACACCUGUGUAGGCACUGAAAGACGCACACUUCACCUGGUCUGCUCACCCUCGAGCACAUACUAGCUCAACACACUCCUUAAUAUAUAAGCUGACUUUGGUUACAUGAACACACACACACACACACACACACAUAUGCAGGUCUAGGCCACACACCUUGUCGCUUGAGCCAGCUUCAACCACUCAGUAUGAAUGUCUUUGCUGCAGGUAAAGCAGUGGAAGGACAUAAAGUACAUGCACACACUCCACACUCAUGUUCUAAAAAACAAAAUCAUGCUUCAUACGUGCAAGGCUUUUGCAUCCACACGAGCACUUAAAACAACCCAAGAGUUGUUCCAAGCCUCAGCCAAGGACACAUCAACGUACACACACACACACACGCACACACACACACACGCUCUCUCCCAAACACACACACGUACACAUGCAAAACAACAUUGUGGUGAAAUGGAGACAAAAAAAACUAACAAAAAAAAACUCUGAAAAUGAAAAUAAAUCAAAAAUGCAAAAAAAAAAAAAAUUAAAGAAAAAAAAGGAAAGUUUAAAGAAGACAGAUAAGUUUUAGAAACGUUUUAUGAAGAUAAUUAAAAAAAAAAACAAAUAAAACAGAAGCUUUGAUAAAAUAUUAUUUAAAUAAAAAAAAAAGUGUUUCCUCUUCAGGAGGCUGGGGUGCAGAACUUUGUGAGCGCGCUCCAUUUCUUCCUCUACUGUUGUUGAUUGAGUUGAGUUGAGUUGAGUUGAGUUAGUGCUGGUGAUUAUUGCAGUACCACAGAAGAAGCAGUGAAAAACGAUAACAACCCUACAUUUUCUGGGCCAUUGUUAUUCCGUCAUGGACGCCACACUUCAUCGUAUUGGAUUAAUUAUUAAUGUAUUGUUAUUAUGUAUUCAUUUAUUUUUGUUUUUUUUGGGUUUUUUUGUUUUGUUUUGUUUUACUUUGACCAAUUCUGAUAAAUUUCACCCAUUCAUCUCUGUAAAAACAGAAAAAAAUUAAUCUAAUAAAAAACAUAUUAGUGCUUAUUUCUCCUUGAUUAUCCUUGAAUGAGUUGUCUGGAUUUAAAAGAAAAAGAAAAAAAUAAAGCAAACAUUUUGUUAAA